CCAAUGCUGUCAUAAUCGCCGAGUUGGGUGUUUUCGUCCGGUGAUUCAGAUUUUAAAAUUUCGCAUUAUUGUUGCAUUUUCUGCAUUAUUUCGUGUGUCUAUUAACUCCAUUUCGUUGCUGUUAGUAAAUAGUUUUGUGGAAAUUCGUGUUGACUGCCCAGAGUCCACGAAUUUCUUAUCUCUACUACACCCUUGCGGGAGUGACGAUACUGCAGUGUUUCCUGUAGAAAGUUGAGGCCGCUACGAUGUCUCAAACGCUGACUUUCGGUGACUCAUGCGCUCCAAUAACUUGCCAUGCAUGGAACAAGGAUAGAACUCAAAUUGCAUUCUCUCCCAACAACAAUGAGGUCCAUAUCUACCAAAAGGAGGGCAAUGAUUGGAAGCAAACCAACAAUCUCGCCGAACAUGACCUGAGGGUCAUGGGCAUUGACUGGGCGCCCAACACCAACCGCAUUGUCACCUGCUCUGUCGAUCGCAACGCUUAUGUCUGGACCCAGGGCGAAGAUGGCAAGUGGACCACCACUUUAGUACUUCUUCGCAUCAACCGAGCUGCCACUUGCGUGAAAUGGUCACCAAUGGAAAACAAGUUUGCUGUCGGAUCUGGCGCCCGCCUGAUCUCUAUUUGUUACUUCGAAAAGGAGAAUAACUGGUGGGUCUCUAAGCAUAUCAAGAAGCCUAUUCGCUCUACCGUGACUACUCUGGAUUGGCAUCCAAAUAAUAUGCUGUUAGUGGCUGGCUCUGCUGAUUUUAAGGUGAGGGUGUUCUCAGCUUAUAUCAAGGACAUUGAAGACCAGCCUGGACCAAAUGUGUGGGGAACUAAGCUCCCGUUGGGCCAGCUGCUUGCGGAAUUCCCUAAUUCUCAUUCAGGCGGCGGCUGGGUCCAUAGCGUGUCUUUCUCUGCUGACGGUAACAAAGUGGCCUGGGUCGGCCAUGACAGCUCGAUCAACGUUGCCGACGCCAAUCAGAAGAAGGAAGUCAUUAAACUGAAGACUGAAUAUCUGCCAUUCCUGGGAUGCAACUGGGUGACCAACAACUCCCUUGUUGUGGCAGGCCACAGCUGCAUUCCACUACUCUACUGCCAUGAUGGAAACGGAUUGAGGUUCGUUGCCAAGCUGGAUAAUACUCAGAGGAAGGAGUCUGGGGGACUUUCGGCCAUGAAGAAGUUCCAAAGUCUUGACCGGCAGGCCCGGAUCGAGACUAAUGACACGUUCCUAGACUCUAUCCACCAGAAUGCUAUAACUAGCAUCAAUUUGUACAAGGGCACAAAGGCUAAUGCCAAAAAAUUCAGCACAUCCGGCAUGGACGGACAACUAGUUAUCUGGGACUUGGAUUCCCUCGAGAGGUCUAUUGAGGGUCUGAAAAUCCAAUAAAACGACACCAGAUUAAUGUAUAAUUUUAUUCAUAGGAAUAACUAUAGUCGCGUGCGAGCUCUGAAUCACUCCGUCAGAAAAUAUAAUAUAGCAUGAAAAGCGUGGGAACGAACGAUCACAGUCAGAUCAGUCUAGCCAGAAAAAAGAAAAGCAGCGGUGGAUUCAGCUCCCAGACAAUAAAAACUUUCAAAUAUACAGAAUAACACAAUAAUUUAUAGGUACAACUUCUAUAAUACAAUUUAACUUUUUAACUGUCGACAAUGAAAUAAUUUAUAUAAAUUAGACAUAAGACUACUCCCUAUUUAUAAUAGAUCACUUUUAAUACUACUGAAGUACCGUCAAUGUCACAUUAAAAUUUAAGAAUCAACGAAA